AUGAUUGUAUGUUUCAAUUCUACUACGGCUACUAUCGGUAAUGUUGUAGAUGGUGAUGGAUUAGAGGUUGGUGAUGGUGCUGAUAAAAAAUUAGAGGAUGGUGAUGGUGCUGAUAAAGAAGAUGUUGGUAAUAUCAAUGAUUUCGUUGUUGCUGAUGGUUUGAGUUUUAAUAGUUUUGGUAAGGUAUUGGAUGAUUGUGGUUUUGUAGAUGAAAUGGUUGUUGUUGGUGAUGUUGUAGAUGGUGGGGGAUUAGAUGUUGAUGGUGAGGGAUUAGAUGAUGAUGGUGCUGAUAAAGAAUUAGAAGAUGAUGAUGGUGCUGAUAAAAAAUUAGAGGUUGGUGAUGGUGCUGAUAAAGAAUUAGAAGAUGAUGAUGGUGCUGAUAAAGAAUUAGAGAUUGGUGAUGGUGCUGAUAAAGAAGAUGUUGGUAAUAUCAAUGAUUUUGUUGUUGCUGAUGGUUUGAGUUUUAAUAGUUUUGGUAAGGUAUUGGAUGAUUGUGGUUUUGUAGAUGAAAUGGUUGUUGUUGGUGAUGUUGUAGAUGGUGGGGGAUUAGAUGUUGAUGGUGAGGGAUUAGAUGAUGAUGGUGCUGACAAUGAGGAUGUUGGUAAUAUCAAUGAUUUUGUUGAUGAUGAUGAUGAAUUGGGAAUUACAAAUGCAAAUUUAGAAGUUUUCUCGGGAAUAGGUGGUGGUGGUGGAAUAUAG